AUGGAUUCCAGGAAAUCUUCAUUAUCAGAAGGAGAAUUACAAUCAUUGGCAAAUGGAUCUGAAAAGAAAUCAAAGAAGAAAAAAGAAAAAGAAAUACGUGUUGGAUUCUUCCAACUGUUUCGCUUUGCCAAGGGAAAAGAUAUAAUUAUGAUGAUUGUUGGAGGCCUCUGUGCAUUAGUUCAUGGUGCAGCCCAGCCAUUAAUGCUCCUGAUCUAUGGUCUAAUGACUGACACGUUUAUAGCAUAUGAUAAGGAAACGCAAGAACUCCAGAAUCCUAAUAAAACAUGUGUUGAUGGCAUAAUCAGUUGGAUAAAUGGAUCUGACUAUUUUGUUGACAACAGCACUGUGUCUUGUGGAAUAAAUAUUGAAAAAGAAAUGACCCAGUUUGCAUACUACUAUAUUGCUAUUGGAGCUAUUGUUCUCGUGUUGAGCUACUUCCAGAUUUCAUUGUGGGUCGUGGCAGCAGCUCGGCAAAUACAAAUUAUACGGAAACAGUAUUUCAGGAAGAUAAUGAGUCUUGAUAUUGGUUGGUUUGAUUGCAACUCUGUUGGAGAACUGAAUACAAGAAUUUCAGACGACAUUAACAAAAUUAACAAUGCCAUUGCUGAUCAGGUAGCAAUCUUCAUUGAGCGGAUUUCUACAUUUAUCUUUGGAUUCUUAAUCGGCUUUGUUGGAAACUGGAAAUUAACUCUCGUUAUUGUGGCUGUCAGUCCACUUAUUGGUUUAGGAGCUGGAUUAAUGGCACUGGCCGUUGCAAAGUUGACAGGCAGAGAACUAAAGGCUUAUGCCAAAGCUGGCUCUGUAGCUGAUGAAGUGUUAUUAGCCAUUCGUACUGUUGCUGCUUUUGGUGGUGAGAAAAAGGAAGCUCAAAGAUAUGAUAACAACUUGGAGGAAGCGCAAGCCUGGGGUAUUAGGAAAGGUACAAUAAUAGGGUUUUUUCAAGGAUAUAUGUGGUGCAUUAUCUUUCUUUGCUAUGCACUAGCAUUUUGGUAUGGAUCCAGAUUAGUAACCGAGUCAAAAGAGCUCUCACCAGGAAGUCUUCUUCAGGUGUUUUUUGGAGUUUUAGUUGCUGCAAUGAAUCUAGGACAGGCCUCUCCAUGUUUAGAAGCAUUUGCUUCUGGCCGGGCAGCUGCAACAAAUAUAUAUGAAACAAUAGAUAUGGAACCAGUAAUCGAUUGCAUGUCUGAGGAAGGCCACAAAUUAGAUCAUGUAAAGGGAGACAUCGAGUUCCAUAAUGUACAUUUCAAUUAUCCUUCAAGACAAGAUGUGAAGAUUUUAAGUGAUCUCAAUAUACCCAUUAAAUCUGGAGAGACUACGGCCUUUGUUGGACCAAGUGGUUCAGGAAAAAGUUCUGCAGUACAACUCAUACAGAGGUUUUAUGACCCUACUGAGGGCAAGGUGACACUAGACGGCCAUGAUAUACGAACUCUCAACAUUCAGUGGUUACGCUCUUUGAUUGGUGUUGUUGAACAAGAACCUGUGUUAUUUGCUACUACGAUUGCUGAGAAUAUCUCCUACGGAAGAGAAGGAAUCUCUAUGGAUGAUAUUACUCAAGCUGCAAAGGAAGCAAAUGCCUACAACUUUAUUAUGGAUUUACCUGAGAAAUUUAACACCCUUGUUGGAGGGGGCGGAGGGCAGAUGAGUGGAGGUCAGAAACAAAGAAUUGCCAUUGCCCGAGCUCUGAUCCGGAAUCCCAAAAUCCUCCUCCUUGAUAUGGCUACAUCGGCCUUGGAUAAUGAGAGUGAGGCUGUGGUGCAAGAAGCUCUUAAUAAGGUACGCAGUGGCAGAACAACCAUUUCCAUUGCUCACCGUCUGUCCACUGUACGAAACGCAGACAUAAUUGUUGGCUUUGAUGGAGGAAGAGCCGUAGAAAGGGGAACACAUGAGGAACUUUUGAAGAUAAAGGGUGUUUACUUCACAUUAGUCACACUUCAGAAUCAAAAUCCCUCUUCAGAAAAGGCUACAAAGGAAGAUCUUCCAAAAAUAGAGCGAACCUUCAGCAAAGGAAGUUAUCGUUCAAGUUUUAGGAAUUCUUUACGUCUUCGUUCAAAAUCACAACUUUCAAAUAUUUUUCCUGAUGCUUUCUCUGGCACUGUAACCGGAGCACCUGCCAUGUUAGCAAAUGGAAUAAGUGACACUGAAGACAAUGAUCUUCAAGAAGAUGAGAAGAAACAUAAAAGAAAGACAAAGAACAAGCCAGUUGUUAGAAGGAUUCUGAAAUAUAAUGCUCCUGAAUGGCCUUAUCUUGUACUUGGGUCUAUCGGAGCUGCAGUAAAUGGUUGUGUUACUCCACUCUAUGCUGUUCUGUUCAGCCAGAUCUUGGGGACAUUUUCUUUGCCAGACGUGGAUGAGCAGAGGAGACAAAUCAAUGGGAUUUGCCUUUUAUUUGUUAUCAUUGCUGCUGUAUCAUUUGUAACACAAUUCUUGCAGGGUUUUGCCUUUGCUAAAUCUGGAGAGCUAUUGACUCGGAGACUAAGAAGACUUGGCUUUCAUUCAAUGCUGGGGCAAGAAGUUGCUUGGUUUGAUGACCCCAACAAUAGCCCAGGAGCUCUGACCACUAGACUGGCAACUGAUGCAUCACAAGUUCAAGGGGCGACGGGUUCUCAGAUUGGGAUGGUUGUAAAUUCCUUGACAAACAUUGGAGCUGCUCUUAUCAUUGCUUUUUAUUUCAGUUGGAAACUGAGUUUAGUUGUUCUAUGUUUCUUACCGCUGAUUGGGUUAUCUGGAGUGCUUCAAGCAAAAAUGCUUACAAGAUUUGCCAAUCAGGACAAAAAAGCAUUGGAGACAGCUGGAAAGGUUUCAAGUGAAGCAAUUGGUAAUAUACGUACUGUGGCUGGACUUGGGAAAGAAAAAAUGUUUGUUGAACUCUAUGAAAAACAGCUGGUGAUGCCUUAUAAAGCAGCAGUUAACAAAUCCUAUGUAUAUGGUGCAUGCUUUGGGUUUGCACAGUGUGUCAUUUUCAUGGCCUAUGCAGCAUCAUUCAGAUUUGGAGGCUUUUUAGUCAAUACUGAUGGCAUCCAUUAUACAGUGGUUUUCAGAGUCAUUUCUGCUAUAGUAACAAGUGGCACAGCCCUGGGAAGGGCAUCUUCGUUCACUCCUGACUAUGCAAAAGCUAAAAUUGCUGCCGCCCAGUUUUUUAGCUUAUUAGAUCGAGUACCGAAGACAAGUGUUUUUAGUACAGAUGGGGACAAAUGGGAUAACUUUAAAGGUGACGUUGAAUUUGUAAACUGCAAAUUCACGUAUCCCAGCCGUCCAGUCACUAUGGUUUUACGGGGUCUUUCUAUCAGUGUGAAAUCUGGGCAGACUUUGGCAUUUGUAGGUAGCAGUGGCUGUGGAAAAAGUACAAGUGUUCAACUUCUUGAAAGAUUUUAUGACCCAGAUGAAGGAAAAGUGCUUGUUGACGGGCGUGUAACAACUAAAGUGAACAUGUCAUUUUUAAGAAGCAAAAUUGGAAUUGUUUCUCAGGAACCUGUAUUGUUUGAAGGUAGCAUUGCAGAUAACAUCAAAUACGGAGACAACUCUCGUGAUAUCACAAUGGAUGAAGUGAUUCAGGCCUCAAAGAAAGCUCACCUCCAUGAGUUUGUUAUGUCAUUACCAAACAAAUAUGACACUAAUGUUGGGAUACAAGGAUCACAGCUCUCUCGAGGACAAAAGCAACGUAUAGCAAUAGCUCGUGCAAUUGUUAGAGAUCCUAAAAUUCUAUUAUUGGAUGAAGCUACAUCUGCAUUAGAUACGGAAAGUGAAAAGACUGUGCAGGUUGCACUGGACGAGGCCAGACAAGGACGUACUUGUAUUGCUAUAGCCCAUCGUUUGUCCACAAUUCAGAACAGUGACAUUAUAGCUGUGAUGUCUCAAGGAGCCAUUGUUGAAAAAGGAUCACAUGAAGAACUUAUGAACCUUAAAGGUGCCUAUUACAAACUAGUAACUACUGGAGCCCCAAUAAGUUAA